GUUUGGCAGUGAUUCACCUGAAAGAGAGAAUCUGUAGCAGGCCACUCCUCCCUUUUUAUUCAACUCCUUCUGAACCUCCUCUCUUUCACCACCAUGGCUUUCACUGGGAAGUACGAGCUGGAGAGUCAAGAAAACUAUGAGGAGUUUUUGGACACAUUGGGGCUCCUCAACGCCAAGACAGACCACAAAGUGGUAACGGAGGUGGUGCAGGAUGGGCACCACUUCACCUGGACACAAAGCAUCCCCAAGUGGACCUGGUCCAAUACUUUCACCAUUGGCCAGGAAUGUGAGCUGGUGACAAUGAAGAGCUCCAAAUUCAAGGCCACUGUCACUAUGGACGGCGGGAAGGUGGUAAUACCAUUUCCACAGUAUCACUUUACAGCAGAGAUCAAUGGAGAUAAACUAGUAAUGACUUGCAUAACUCCAGGAGAGAAGGGUGUGACUUUCAAAAGGGUUAGCAAGCGGAUCUAAUGGUGCAAGACUCGACAUGCUUCAAUGUAAAAGAGACGACGGAUUAAACACACCACGAAACUUCUUCUCCCAGUUACUGAAGCAAAGAAAAUAACUUCACCACCUGUUGUGAGGAGCACGUUGUAUUUUCUGUACUAUAUACUGUGUUUGUACAUGGAUGAACCGUUUUCAAAUAAAAAUGACAUGAAAGACGGUAGUUUUGCAGAGCAGUGAUGGAAUUUAAUUUAAUUUGAUUCAAGCUUGGACUCAUGUGCUUUGACUAAAUCUACAGUUAAUGUAGGUGCAUUCGACGAGAUACCUGUGAACAGCUGGGCUAAAGGAAGAAAAGUCAAGUGAAUGUUUAUGAUAUUGUGAUGAUGAAAAAAAAGAAGGAAUGUUUGAAAUUGAACGAUACAUUGUUGGAUCUUCAUUUUGUUCGUCUUCUUGCUGGUAACUGCACUCACCUUGUGGACCUAAACACAGAAAAGAUUAAAGUUUUUUAAAAACGG